CUCGGCUCGGCUCGGGCCGCCGGGAGAUUCCAGAGGAAAGGGCCCCUGAUCCCUCCUCCAGCUACGCACGCCUGCCUCUGAAACUCGACAGUCGUAGGGCAGCACUCGAGGUGGAAGAAUAUCCAGCUCAUAGGACGAAGCCUCUCCUGCUCGCCAGAGCCACCGGACCCAGUCACAUUGACUCAUGGAUCAGCUACCGGACGACGUACUGGCCAUGGCCAUGUCGCACCUGAGCGUGCGGGACGUGUUGGCGUGCCGCCUCGUGUGCAAGCGGCUGGCGGACCUGGCACAGCACCCCUACGUGUGGCGGACUCGGCACGUUGACGUUGGCGAGCGCCGACGCGACAACAACUACGACAGCGACUACAGCGAAGAUGACGACGAGGACGACGCCGACGACAACGGCGACGAUGUCAGCGAUGAUGAUGACGGCGGCGACGAUGACGACGGCGGUCGCGAGCCGUGUGUGUGUAGGGUGCUGCGCCUGGCGCCGUGCGUGCGCCAGAUCUCGACCCCAGUCCCAGUCCCAAAUUCACGGUCGUGUCGCCACGGCGACCUGCGGACGACCUCCUGCGCCGCCAGAGUGUUGUCGAUCAAAAUGUUGUGGUAUGAGCCCGAGCCAGCUGUCCAGAUCAUCAAACAGCAGGAGGCGCUCGGACGGCUGCGAGCCGUGAGUCUAGAAUUCAGCGACCACCCACUGACUGUAUACGCCGUCGACUUGCUGUUCGAGACGCUGGCCUCAACCCCUGGCCUGGAGAUGGUCACUCUCAACUGGAGCAACACGUGCAGCAUCCCACCCGGGACCGGUCAGGGCGGCACCAUCACGCCGUCCUUGAAGACUUUCAGGUGCGAGACCACACCACAGGUAGAGCCCUUCUGCGACUACAUGCUGGCCGGGCACGCCGCCACCUUGGAGGACGUCGCCUUCUCCCUCGCCUCCCUCAGCGGGCCUCUCUGGGUAUGGGAGGGCUCCUCCCCCGGACUGACUUUCAUGACCUCGCCGUCCACGGCGCGCCUGCUGGCCGGCAUGCCCAACCUCCGCAAGCUCAGCUGCCCUCUGAUGCCGGGGCUGGGGGAGUUGGCGGCCUGUGAGUCGCUCAGGGAGCUGAAGCUCAGUAUGGGGCGCGUCACCGCCAACGACGCCAACGCCCCCGGGGCCGUGGAGCUCCUGCGCCGCGCGCACCAGCUCCGAUCCCUUCAUCUCUCCUUCAGCUAUCCAGGUGUUAAUAAUGAUUUCGGUAAAAAGCUGCUCAGUGGCCUCACGUCGUCCGGACUCUCGCCAGUGGAGACGCUGGUCCUCGAGGUCGAGGGCUACGUAUUGCAAAGCACUCGUGCCUCACCUGGGCGCUCAGCUGCCCUUGCUGCCCGCCCUGCGACGCCUCGUGCUCAAAGUGCACCCAGACACGCUGCUGGACGUCAUCACCCCCCUCAGCAACCCGGCCCUGCGGAGCCUCCAGAUUGUUCGUUCUCGUUCUGGUGCCCAAUCUUUUAAGAUUCCGUGCCUCCACGAGCUUCUACACAGAGGGGAAUUUAAGGCGCUUCUGUUGAGGAACCCCUUGCUUCACGUCGAGAUAGAUUGUGCUUAUUGCUCGGCACACAACUGCAGCGCCUGUAAACAGGAAUGUCACGAAGACAUUUUUAAGGGUAAAUUUCAGUUUAUUGGCGUUUUCACGCACCCUAAAGACAAUUGUUCCUCCCCAGAAGGCCACGACUCUGAAUACCAUUGGAUUCACAUCGAUGAUUUAUUUACUUCCUGUUAUGAUGAUGACGACUUAUCAUCUCCGGGCAUCUAAGGAAACAU